UAAUUUGUCUUUCUUAAUUACUUUCGAUCUCUCUCAAUUCUUACUUAUAUAUAUACACACACAUAUAUACAUCUGUGUGUGCGGAUUUUGUGUUAUCCUCUUGUACAUAUUGUUCGUAGGAUGAGGAGUGCAGUAGAACCUGUGAAUCACAAAACUGUGGAGGUGAGUGCGAUCUGUUCAGAUGCAGUCAAGUCCUAUGAAACUCACCCUUAAGGUGGGAAGGAAAGAUAAAGGUAUCAACGGUUCUACCAAAAAGGAAGAAAAUGGCUUCAGUGGUUGUGGUUUCCCAGAUCGCUUGGGCAACAGUAUUUGGAAGCCCAUAGAUCUAACUUCUUCCGAAGAAGAUAGUGCAGUAGAGGAUAAUGCAGAGGAAGAUAGUAAGUCUAGUGAAGAUUCUCGGAAUCAAUUGGUGAUUUAUGAUCCUGCUGUUAAUGGUGCACGUGAAAUUGAAGCUGCACUUGAUCCCAAUGAAUACCAGCCGAGAAACACUUUCCCGUUUACCUCUUCUUGCGUUUUAUUGCCGUCUGUGGGGGCUUUCACCGUCCAGUGUGCUACCUGCUUUAAAUGGAGACUCGUGCCAACAAAGGAAAAGUAUGAGGAGAUACGGGAACACAUUUCAGAAGAGCCUUUUUCCUGUGAAACAGCUCGUGAGUGGCGGCCUGAAAUAUCAUGUGAAGAUCCAACUGACAUUUGUCAAGAUGAUGGCAGGUUAUGGGCAAUUGAUAAGCCUAAUAUUGCUCAGCCCCCUCCUGGGUGGGAGCGACUUCUAAGGAUCAGAGGUGAAGGAAGCACCAAGUUCGCAGAUGUGUAUUAUGUUGUACCAUCAGGCAAGAGACUUCGCUCUAUGGUUGAGAUUCAAAGGUACUUGCUGCAACAUCCAGAGUACAUGGAAGCUGGGGUUACCAUGUCACAGUUUUCAUUUCAAACUCCAAAGCCGUUGCAGGAAAAUUAUGUGAGGAAGCGUGCUCCUGCUCGUUUGACAACUCCAGUCGAUGGUGGCAGUAACAUGGUGAGAAUGCUGCCAGGGUUUCUCCAACCUUCUGAUGUCAAUCCCCUUGCAUGGGCGGGUCCAGAUGGGCAUACAGAUGUACGGCUUGGGCCAAGUGUUUCUACUCACUUGAUUGAAGCAUCUCCUGAUGAACCUAUGCAACACGGCCAGCCAAAAAGCCAAAAAAGGAGUUUUGUGCCAUCUGAAGGAAUUGCGCGGUGCAGUAAAAAAGUCAGUUUAUAAAGAUCAGAACAGGGUCAAGGUGGAAGAGCCUUUUCAAUCUAGGAAUGGUACUGCACUUGAUUGUACUACUAGAACCUUUUUUUCUUUUUGGGUAACCGGGGGUUUCGGCGUGUAACAUGACACUAAUUUUAUCAAAGCCUCGUGUUUUGGAAAAAGGGUAUCAUGUGGUCGUGGUGAACUUCAAUUUUUAUUGGGGGCCUUUUUGGUGCUGUUUUUGUAUAAAGAGAUGAAGAUAGUUUUGUUAGUGACAAAUGAUGUGUGUGAAAUAUCCAAGAAGAAAACAAUUCUAUCG